CGGAAAGUGAGCAGCGGAGACAAAACGAUUGCCAUUAAAGCGCCUGCGAAGAAUACCAGCAUCAAAUGCAGUCGAAACUCAAUCAAGUUGAACGGAAAUCGUCGCAAAUUAAACCAGGCGCAGCAUCGGCAUCGUGAAUGCAUCAUUUCACCUCCACCCUCGAGUGGCAACAUGAAAAGGUACAAGUGUGCAUUCUAAAAAUAACAAACAACUCGAGUGCGAUAAAAACAGCAGUUGCUACCAAGGUAUAAAGUGCUACCGUAAACACAGCCGGAGAAGGAACGAAAAAAACAUCUGAGCCACCUAAAACGGCGAACAAACAGCGGCGACGGUUGUCCUGCGGAAUCCUUGUUGUGUCGGUGUGUGUGUGUUAGUGUGUGUGGGCCAAAGGAGCCGAGGAAAAAGUCAGAGCAAAAAUGUGCAAGUAAUGUGCAGGAAGUAAAGUGCAAUGCCAUCCGUGAAAUCCGCCGAAAGUGAGAUUCUUCUUGGGAUUAUAAGGAGCGACAGUAUGACGAGCGGCAAUACCCUGAGGUCCUGCCUCCUGCUGGCCACCAUCCUGGGAUUAUUCUGCCGGACCAAGGCUUUGCCCUUUGAGUAUGUAGAUGAGCACGAUGACUUCAACUACGACCUGGACACGGCGCAGUCCCAGGCCAAGUACGACGCCCGUCUGCUCUCGCAGCAGAUGCUCAGCGAUGCGGAGCUGCAGCGGCAGGGGCUGAGCGACGCCCAGUAUAACGCCCAGCAUAACGCCCUGGACGGCGACUCCACGGCAGCUCAGGGGACUGGAGCUGGAUCUCACUUGGAUGCGGUUUCCUCUGCCCAGGAAGACCUGGAGCCGCACAGCAGGGCAGCGGCGUGCUUCACCAACGGGCACAAGUACACACACGGACAGAAGGUUCCGCGCCUGGAUGCUUGUGAGGUGUGUCUCUGCAUGGACGGCGAGAUCUUCUGCUGGUGGGAGAAGUGCGAUAGGGCCAAUGUAAACAAGGCGAGGAAGGCGGGGGACAACGUAGGACUUGGACUUGGUGUUGGAGACGACGGUGAUGGUGAUGGUGAUGGCGACGGCGACGACGAUGGCGAUGGCGAUGGCGAUGGUGACUAUUCAGAUCCAUAUGGCAACGAGAGCACAACGGGAAAGUCCACUAAAGUGCAUAAAGCGGCGAGGAAAGUUGGCAAGCGGCAUAAACAUCACAAGAAUCAAAAGAAUUUUAAUGACUACGAAGUUUACCACAGCCAGCGGGGGAAGCAGCUACAGCACCAGCAGCCGGAUUAUAAAAAGUCCGCCAUAAUGCAGCAGCUCCAGAUCCAGCAAAAACACAAGAGCGACAAGAGCGGUGCUGGCAACUACAAUAUAAUCAAGCAACACAAACACCAGCAGCAGCAGCAGCUCAAAAUACCGCAGCAGCUACAUCAGCAACAGCAGCAAAAAAAUGUGGCGGCUUUGGGUGUUAAUCACGCAGCAAAGGCAACGCAUUAUCAGCAGGCAGCUUCGACGGCCCUGCCACCCCCCCAACCCCCGCCCCAGCCGCCGCACCCGCAGCACAGCCACCACCCACACCAACAGCCGCAUUCGUCCAGCAAAAUCCUGAACUUUCCCGAGAACUUGCCAGCCCUGCUCUACUACGACUACAAGACGGAGGAGCACGAGCACCACCAGCACCAGCACCACCAGCAGCACUUGCUCCACGAAAAACAGCGCUUGCUGCAACAGCAGCAACAGCAGCUGCAGCAAGAGGCGUUAGCUCGACAAAGGGCAUCUGAAGCAGAAGCAGAGGCAGCCGUGGCACCCAGCGGAGGCUUGGCCGCUGAUAAAAACUCUGAUGAGGCGGAAACCGACAGCGAUAUUCUCCCAGAGCCGCCCACAAAGCAGCCCAAGGCAGCUGCCACACAAUGGCCAACUCCAACUCCAACUGGCAGCAACUCGGCCAGGGCGUUGAUGACGAGCAUGGUGGCAUCCACACCCACGGCUGCAACAACGACAGCGACAAAGACAUCGAAAACGAAAACGACAACGGCAACAGUAACGGGAAGGACGACGACGACAACGGCGACAGGCACAAAUGAAAUGGUGACAAGCACGCUGUCUGGAAUGGAGAAGUCCGGGGCCACAGUUGCAGGCACAGAUCUUGGACAGAUGCAACCCGAUCACCGUGGACCAGAAGCGGAGCGCGACGACGCCUUCCACCGCUGGCUGACAUCCACCGAGCUGAAUGCAGACAACACAAACUCCAUGGACGACAGCCUGGAGCGGGAAACGCCGGCAUCGACAAUAAUCGAUGAUGUUGGCACGGCCAACAAGAGUGACAGGAGCAUCGGUGGCAUCGGCAAAGACAAUGGCAACGACGCCGUCUUCUUUCGCAGCUCGUACAACGAUUACAGCAGCGAAUUCAAUGGGAGCGUUGUCAAUAUUGACAUUACACUAACUGCAGUUGAUGUGCAUCCUCGUCGCCAAACGGAUUUAAUUGCAAAUGGCAACAAAACGUCAGGAGCUAACGACAAUGGCAACGGCAGCAGCAGCAGCAGCAGCAGCAAAAACUACAGCGGCAACAGCCAGGUCGGAGCAGCAGGGACAACAAUGAACCCACAGGCAGCCAGCAGCAUCAGCAGCAUCAGCAGCACCAGGAGCAGCAGCAAUCAGGAUCAGCGUCAGCAGAGCUCUGUUGUUCCGCCGUACACCCUGACAACGAUUAUAACAACUGCGCCGCUGGCACCAGGGCGUAUGUGCAAUGUUUUGGGCAAACUGUAUAAAAUUGGAGACAUUCUGCCGCAGGACACGGGUAACUGUCUGCAGUGCAUCUGCACGGAUGCCGUGACUCCCGACGAGAUGCCGAGCGUCACCUGUAGUCCGCACAAUUGCCCACCGCUGGUUCUUCCGGAUCUGUUCGAUGCCACUGGUUACUGAGGUUACGGGUUUGUGCUGUAGGUUGCAACGACGGGCGGGUCGUGAGUCAGAUGCCAUGCGGCAUGAGCUGUGGGAGUUUUUGAAUAGAUCGAAUCGUGAUUUAAAUUUUGAAACCGAAAGCCACAACUGCAACCAGCCAAUGGAAUCGAAACGAACGAAUCGAAUCACACUCACAACAACUGCACUACAGAACUCACUCUCGAAUUUUAUGUCACGGUCUCAACUAACUCAACUCAAUAUGAAUUGUAUGGAUUUCAGUGUAAAGCCCUCCCUAUCAGAAGUGCCCCGAGCACUCUCUAAAACAAAACCUAUCAGCAGACAUAUAUUAUAUUCGUACCAAGCUAUAUAGAAUCGAUCCAAGCCGACCAUAGGGGAGAGAGGGGAGUGGAGAAGGAUAUAGCAGUUGGUUGACAGUCUAGAGUUUAAGCUGACUGUUUAUGAAUUUUUUAAGAAACCGAAUUCAUCUCUCUCCGCAACCAGAAUCCAUUAAAGUAUACAGCAGUAGCAAUCGUAAAGAAUUUAUAGAUGUACCAAACAGAAGUAUAUAUACAAGCAUAUAUCUACUCUAUGGCCAUAUCUAAACCUAUACCUGGGUGUAGCAAGUUCGGUGGGAUCAGUUUAACUUCUUAGAUUAUUUCCCGAUUGAGAGGAAAGCGUGUAGAGUUUUUAGUGUAUUUAACAAAGGAGAACUCCAAGCGAAACGAGUAACUUAUACAAAUAUAGGCAACUAAAUCUAAACGAAAAAAACUGAACAAUGACAAAUAAUGAACAACGUGCGUAAUAUUUUAAUAUUGAUAUUAAAAGCAAGCAACGUACUCCUUAUUUGCAUGGAUGUUAUUGAUUCGCGCUUCUUUGGAAAUUAAAGCAUACGUAAUCUAUGAAUCGAAAAUUGAUGUGAGUAUGGCCAUUGUUUUAACAAACACGAAGUUGGCAAGGAAAGACACCAUAUCGAAUAGUUAUAACAAUUUAAGGAUUAAUCCCAACUGUAUUAAAUAUAAACUUAGAACCUCGAACUCUCGUACAGUUCAGUGAAUUCAAAAUUUACGGAGUUUACCGAAAAUCUAUAGUAUUGCUUUGGUUUCCGGUGACAAAGACAGCAUUUAUUUCAAAGCAAGUUUAGGCGUGAUAAACGAGAUUUAUUCGAAAGGGGUUAAAUUAGGCGGAAUAUAUAAUACUUGAAAAGUAGAAAACUAUUUCGAUUUUAAGGCAAAUCAAAAUACAUUCGAGCGAGUUUUUUAUAACCGAGUUCGAACGAAACUAUAUAGGCAUGUGAAUUAUAAAAUCAAAAUACAUACCGAUGCAGACAAACAUAAAUAUUUAUUAUUGAUGUUCCACAAAAGAACCGCAAACGCAGGAGCGUAUGGUAAAUUCAAAGAAAAAUAGAAAAAUUCAUCUUGAACGAGCGUAUUAAAAAUUUAUACAAAUAAGCGUAUUUAUGUAUGUGUAAAAUAAAUGUAACUACAACUCUAUUCUAAUCUGCAACUCGCACAGAGAUACAGAU